CUCGACUGGGAUUCAUUUGGCGUCGCUCCAUCCGCGUCACGAACGCCGCCGCUGCGCGCCGACCACAGCUGCGUGAAAGAUCAAUCAUGCGUAGCAACUUGAUCGCUCUCUUGUGGAUCACGGCGUCGCUGUGUGCAUCCGGCGUCAACGCCGGGAAUGUAUCAGGAUUUUGCAACGACCGCAAUGGAACGACCCCCGUCGUGAAAGGAGACCAAACUUACAUUUGCAUCAACAUCAACGACCAAUACCGCGCAGUGUUUGCUCCAGUGGUGGAUAAAUACGUCCAGUUGCGGCUCCAUGAUUCGUACAUCGACUCUCGCCUUCGUCCGACCAACUCAUCCGCGGCUUACAUGACCAUAUCGAGCAUGGCGUCUCGAUCAGUGUACAAGCAAUACACAACGGCCAGAGGAAAGGCAUACCCAAUUCUGACCGCGGUGGUGUCUGUGAAACAAGGCGAGGUGCAAGGCAUAUCGUGGGAUGACGGGUGCUAUCUCUGCGACAUGGCUUCGUGCGACCCGAACUUGUACUCAAUGCCAACCAUUCCACUGUACAGCACAGCGUUUGGUGACGGCAGCACGUGCUACAAGGACCACGCUGAGUGUACCAACACAACUGGUCUGUGCGAUCUGUCGGUGUAUGUGGGAUGGACAGGCACCGACGCGAACGGGAACUACCUCAGCAGCGCCGGCAUGCGCAUUUCCCAGUUUCAGAAGUACUCGGUUAAUUCGUACAUUUCCGACUUCAAGACCAAGCUGUCGUCGCUGCUGCCCCGAUUUUAGCCACCCUGCGCUGUGUAAUUGCCACGUCAUAAGUCACUCGACUUCGUAUGCUCGAGUAUUUCUUGGGCUCUCGAACUCCCGACAAGGCACAAAGGCCAUCCACUC